AUGCAACAAAGAUUGAAGCUUCAGCAACAGCAACAACAAGAAGCCAUAAUGCAGCAAGCUCUUCUUCAGCAGCAACAACAACAGCACAUGUACCAUCCUGGUGUGCUCGCCGCUGCCAUGUCUCAGAUGGAGCCUAUCCCAAGUGGAAAUCUGCCUCCUGGAUUUGACCCAUCUACAUGCCACAGUGUGUAUGUUGGAAACAUUCACGUAAAUGUCACCGAUAAGCUUCUUGCUGAAGUUUUCCAGAGUGUUGGUCCUCUUGCAGGAUGCAAGCUCAUCAGAAAGGAUAAGUCAUCAUAUGGAUUUGUUGACUACCAUGAUCGAAAUUCAGCAGCCCUUGCAAUAAUGACAUUGCAUGGACGCCAACUUUACGGUCAGGCACUUAAAGUGAAUUGGGCAUAUGCCAAUAGCCAGAGGGAGGAUACUUCAGGGCACUUCAAUAUAUUUGUUGGUGAUCUUAGUCCAGAGGUUACAGAUGCAACUUUAUUUGCUUGCUUCUCGGUCUAUCCUAGUUGUUCUGAUGCAAGGGUCAUGUGGGAUCACAAAACUGGCCGCUCAAAGGGAUAUGGUUUUGUUUCUUUCCGUAACCAGCAGGAUGCUCAGAGUGCUAUCAAUGAUUUAACCGGUAAAUGGCUUGGAAAUAGACAAAUAAGAUGCAACUGGGCAACUAAGAGUGCUGGCUCCAAUGAAGAGAAACAGAGUAGUGACACUCAAAAUGCCGUUGUUCUUACUAAUGGAUCUUCAGAUGGAGGUCAGGAGAACUCCAAUGAAGAGGCCCCUGAAAAUAAUCAAGCAUACACUACUGUCUAUGUUGGCAACCUCUCCCAUGAGGUUACUCAAGCUGAACUUCAUAGUCAGUUUCAUGCUCUUGGGGCUGGGGUUAUUGAGGAAGUACGUGUGCAGAGGGAUAAAGGUUUCGGAUUUGUGAGAUACAACACUCAUGAAGAAGCAGCCUUGGCCAUUCAAAUGGCAAAUGGCAGGAUAAUUCAUGGAAAGUCCAUGAAGUGUUCAUGGGGUAGCAAGCCAACUCCUCCAGGGAUAACUUCGAAUCCGCUGCCUCCUCCUGCCCAACCCUAUCAGAUCCUUCCGGCUGCUGGUAUGAACCAAGGCUAUUCUCCAGCUGACUUGUUGGCUUAUCGUCGCCAACUUGCCUUAAGUCAGGCUGCAGCCACGUCCAUGGCCUUGAACUCUGGUGGAUCCCAACCUAUGUAUGAGGGAUAUCCUAACAGUUCAUCAGGCUAUGAAUUAACUUCAAAGUCCUCGGCACUUCACUUGGAGAUGGAGCAGUUCAAAGGCCAGUCUCGGCUGCCGAAAUUCGCCGUGCCGAAACGAUACGAUAUAACGCUCAAACCGGACCUCACCGGCUGCAGUUUCGGCGGCUCCGUCGCCGUCCACCUCGACAUCGUCUGCGAUACCCGGUUCAUCGUCCUCAACGCCGCCGACCUCUCCGUCGAUGCCGCCUCCGUGUCUUUCGCUUCCUCCAAGGUACUUUUCAAGCCUUGGAAAGUUGAGACAUUUGAAGAAGAUGGGAUUUUGGUUCUGGAGUUUGGAGAGACGCUUCCGGUUGGUUCGGGAGUUUUGGGUAUUGGGUUUGAAGGAAUUCUGAAUGACAAGAUGAAGGGGUUCUACACAAGUACAUAUGAGCAUAAUGGUGAGAAGAAAAAUAUGGCCGUUACACAGUUUGAACCGGUUGAUGCCAGACGGUGCUUUCCAUGCUGGGAUGAGCCUGCUUGGAAGGCUACAUUCAAGAUUAGAUUGGAUGAUGUUCCAUCUGAAUUAGUAGCUCUCUCCAACAUGCCGGUUGUAGAAGAAAAAGUGCAUGGACAUCUGAAGACAGUUGCAUUUCAAGAAUCACCAAUCAUGUCUACAUAUUUGGUGGCCGUUGUUGUUGGGUUGUUUGAUUAUGUUGAAGAUCAUACAUCUGAUGGGGUCAAAGUGCGGGUCUAUUGUCAAGUUGGUAAGGCAAACCAAGGGAAGUUUGCUUUGAACGUUGCUGUCAAGACUCUUGAAUUUUACAGAGAUUACUUUGCUGUGCCAUACUCUUUGCCCAAAUUGGAUAUGGUUGCAAUCCCUGAUUUUCCUGGUGCCAUGGAAAAUUAUGGUUUAGUUACAUACCAAGAAACAGAUUUGCUCUUUGAUGAACAGCAUUCUGCAGCUGCCAACAAACAACGGGUUGCAACUGUCGUGGCACAUGAAUUGGCACACCAGUGGUUUGGCAAUCUUGUAACGAUGGAAUGGUGGACACAUUUAUGGCUGAAUGAGGGAUUUGCGACAUGGGUGAGCUAUUUAGCUACUGAUAGCUUGUUCCCAGAGUGGAAAAUGUGGACUAAAUUUCUUGAUGAAAUUACUCGGGGUCUUAAGCUGGAUGGGCUUGAAGGAUCUCACCCCAUUGAGGUGGAAAUCAAUCAUGCUUCUGAGGUUGAUGAAAUAUUUGAUGCAAUAAGUUAUAGAAAAGGAGCUUCUGUUAUCCAGAUGCUACAAAACUAUCUUGGUGCUGAAUGCUUCCAGAGGUCACUUGCUUCAUACAUAACAAAGCAUGCUUCCUCAAAUGCAAAGACAGAAGAUUUAUGGGCUGCGCUUCAGGAGGGAUCUGGUGAACCUGUGAACGCUCUAAUGAAUUCAUGGACACAGCAAAAGGGUUACCCGGUUAUUUCUGUCAAAGUCAAAGAUCAGAAAUUGGAGUUUGACCAGACACAAUUCUGCUUGAAUGGUUCCCAAGGUGAUGGGCAAUGGAUUGUGCCAAUAACAUUAUGCUCUGGCUCAUAUGAUGUACGCAAAAGUUUCCUACUACAAAAGAAGUCCGAAACUUUUGAUGUAAAGGAAUUUCUGGGUUGCUCCAUAGCAGGGACUGGAUGCAAAGGCUCAUUAUGUAGUUGGAUAAAAGUCAAUGUGGAUCAGACUGGUUUUUACAGGGUGAAAUAUGAGGAGGAACUUUCAGCUGCACUUAGAAGUGCGAUAGAAAAGAAACAUUUGUCUGCAACUGACAGAUUCGGAGUUUUGGAUGAUUCAUUUGCCCUUUCUAUGGCGUGCCAGCAGUCGUUUGCUUCACUGCUUACCUUGCUGGGUGCUUACAGAGAGGAACUUGACUGUACAGUGCUGUCAAAUUUGAUUCCUAUAAGUUAUAAGCUGGCAACAAUUGCCGCUGAUGCUGUGCCCGACCUACUGGAUCUCAUUAAUCAAUUAUUUAUUGGCCUUUUUCAGUACUCUGCAGAGAAGCUUGGUUGGGAGCCUAAACCCGGUGAGAGCCAUUUAGAUGCAAUGCUGAGAGGAGACAUUUUGACUGCCCUUGCUGUGUUUGGGCAUGACCUGACGAUAGAUGAAGCAAGUAGGCGUUUUCAUGCCUUCUUAGAUGACAGAAAUACGCCACUCCUUCCUCCUGACAUAAGAAAGGCAGUGUAUGUGGCUGUAAUGCAAAGAGUAAGCAUGUCUAAAAGAUCGGGCUAUGAAUCUCUUCUUAGAGUUUACAGAGAGACUGAUCUAAGGGAGGAGAAAACCCGCAUUUUAAGAUCACUAGCGUCUUGUCCAGAUCCCAACAUAAUACUGGAAUUUCUCAACUUCUUAUUGUCUUCUGAGGUCCGCAGGCAGGAUGCAGCCCUCGGGCUUUCUGUUAGUAGUAAAGGGCGGGAAACAGCUUGGACAUGGCUGAAGGAUAACUGGGAGCGCAUCUCAGAGACCUGGAGUUCUGGAUAUCUGCUUCGCUUUGUCAGUGCCAUCAUUUCACCGUUGGCUUCAUUCAUGAAGGUUAAGGAAGUAGAUGAGUUCUUCAAAGUCCAUCCCAACCCCUCCAUAACAAGAACAUUGAAGCAGAGCAUUGAGUGGGUACAGAUUAACACCAAGUGGGUUCAGAGUGUUGGGAGUGAGAAAAAUCUUGCCCAUAUUGUGAAGGAGUUGGCUCACAGGAAAUACUAG